UGGAUUCUGUGGGACUUUUUUUAGGGCACAGAUGGCAACAGCAGCGCCACCGUUGGGUCCAUUCCUGGGUAAACGGGGCAUUAAUGUGGCUAAUUUUUGCAAGGAUUUCAACAGGGCCACUAGUCACAUCAAACCAGGCGUCCCACUCCCAGUACGGGUCACAGUAAAACCGGACAGGUCAUAUGAUAUGGAAAUCUGUACACCAACAUCGAUGUGGUUAUUGAUGCGUGCAGCUGGAAUAAGACGUGGAGCGUCUAAUCCAUGGAAAGAAGUAUGUGGGAAAAUCACGGUGAAACAUAUUUAUGAAAUUGCUAAAAUAAAAUCAAAAGAUAAAUGCUUAGUUGGAGUUCCAUUAAAAGUUAGUGAGCGAUUCUUCAGUCUUUUUCUUGUGUGCGAACAGCUUAUCAAAACAGCGCUCUCACUGGGUCUGAAAAUUGUCCGUGAAGAUCUCGAUCCGACGGAGUACCGUAAAUUUUUGGAAGAACGAAAACGAGCUGUUGACGAAGAAUUGAAAAAAAUUGAGGAUGAAAAAGCAGCCAAAGUGCUUAGGACAACA